UGUUCAACACAAGACAUCCUGUGUGUAACUUUAAAAAAUAAUGGUUGAAUUCGCCGCGGAAACUGUGAUUCACACGCUUUCAACGCUAGUUCCGUUGGCAUUCGCCUUUGCAUUCGCGUGGUUUUUGCUGUGAUAAGUUUUGUUGCACAUAAUCGCGUCCUUAUAGUUUUUUUUAUUUAAAAUUUAUAGAACGCAAGUUGAAAGUUUCGAUAUGUUACCCAAGAAGAGUAAUAUCCAACAAAACAAAAAUCAAUCGAAAAAGAAAGUUCGAUUUGACAUGGAUAAAAACCAGCUGCAUAAAUUAUUUUUUGUUGAAAAUUCACCGACUGCAGCUUACAAUGGCUCCAAAACGUCCAAGAAUUAUAGUGAAGUUCUAACUAACGCUGCGGAUGCUCAUCCCAAUUCGUCGGAUAGUUUUCGCUUAAGAACAACACCACAACGUUUUAAUAUGCGCUCAGAAGACUUCCCCGAUUUAUCACAUUCGCUUAAGAUCGCCGCUGAUAAAGAAAACCCACUAUUAUUAGAUAAGCCGAUUUUAUCAAUCGACAUCGAGGAAAAAGAAAGCUCAUCAAAUGAAAUGCCUGAAAUAAAUAAGCCAGGGAAAAAAGAAAUGUGUCUAACAUCAGUCAAAACAUUUGAUAAGCCGAUUUUAUCAGUCGAUACCAAGGAACAAGAAAGCUCAUCAAAUGAAAUACCUGAACAAGCAAAGCCAGCAAAAAGAUUCCUAGAUGAUCAAUUUGGUCUGUUUGCAUUAGCAUCAAUGAUAAGGAAUACCGAUCUUGAUGAAGCGAUGCCCAAAACAAAAUCUUCUAACGCUAAAAUGCCGUCAACAUUAGAUAAGCCGAUUUCAUCAGACGCUACCAAGGAAAAAGAAAGCUCAUCAAAUGAAAUGCCUGAACAGGCGAAGCCAGCAAAAAAAGUGCUAGAUGAUCAAUUUGGUCUGCUUGCAUUAGCAUCAAUGAUAACAAAUACCGACCCUGAUCAGACGAUGCUAUGCAAAGGCUUGGACCUUACACGCAUGGGUCUUGAUUUGAAUUGUCCUGGCAAUUUGCUAGACACCUUUCGUGGGGCCUUAGAUGAUAUUUACGGUGUUGAUGACACUCCAAUUUACCUCCCUAAAGAGUACAAAUUGUCUGGAGAUGUCAAAAACAAAUUAAAACCUUUAAAAUUUAAAAAUUUGCUAUUGCAUACUUUGUUUUAUAUAUUUUACACAAAUCCAUUGGAUCAAUAUCAAUUGCUUGCGGCUAAAGAAUUAUAUGAAAGACAAUGGCGUUUUCAUAAGGUAUUAAAGCUUUGGGCUCGCCGCUCGCUGGAUGUCCGUAGGUACUGUAUUGAGAAUACUAUGUUCACCGGCGAAUAUGACUUCUUUUCACCAGACACAUUUAAGAUAUACACACAGAUUACAACUAUUGACGAGAGUCAGUUUGCUAAGAAAUAUUGUUAA